CAUCACAAUUAAUAUACAACAUUUGUAUCAUGUAUAAGACGCCCGUAACAGCGACAGACGACACAUAACUGCCGGUGUGAUUAGUUAGUUGGAGUUAGCGAGGCUGAGGGAACCGCUUCCUGGGGCCGUGACCCGGAUGCUAACCGAGCUGACACGCCGCACCGCUGCUCCAUUCGUCCCACCGACGUGCAUCUGAAUUCUGGAGCCUCCGCAGCGGCUCCGCGGCGACUUCCCUGCGUGAGAGCAGCACCACAUGAUAUAAGUUCGUAUUAAGAUGAGAGAAAUCUGCCUGAGCGCAGCAGAGAGGAGUAAACCUGUCCUGGAGGAAAGCUAACCCACGAAUGGCCUGCCAGUCUGUCGCUGCAGUCAUGGACGAGCAGGCCCUGCUGGGGCUCAACCCAAACGCAGACGCCCGCUACAGGCAGAGGGCCAUGGCGUACUUCGAGCAGCUCAAGGAGUCUCAGGAUGCUUGGGAGGUGUGUGCAGAGGCCCUGGCUAAAGGGAUCUACAAUGAUGACCACGUGAAGUUUUUCUGCUUCCAGGUUUUGGAGCAUCAGAUUAAGUUCAGACACGCUGGUCUGAGUGAUGUUCAGCAGCAGCUCGUCAGAGAGACUCUGAUGAAGUGGCUCCAGUGUCAGCUCAUGAACGCUCAGCCUGAGAAGCCCUUCAUCAGAAACAAGGCGGCGCAGGUGUUCGCCCUCACCUUCAUCAUGGAGUAUCUGACUCUGUGGCCCAAGUUCUUCUUCGAUGUCCUGUCUCUGGUGGGUCUAAAUCCUCACGGCGUGGACAUCUACCUAAGGACACUAAUGGCCAUUGACGCUGAGGUGGUCGACAGAGACAUUCUUCACACACCAGAGGAGACCCGUAGAAACACUUUAAUCAAAGACACCAUGCGAGAGCAGUGCAUCCCCAGCCUGGUGGAGUCCUGGUAUCAGAUCCUGCAGACGUACCAGCAGUCACACCCAGAGCUCACCUGUCAGUGUCUGGAGGUGGUGGGAGCCUUUGUGUCCUGGAUUGACCUCAGCCUCAUUGCUAACGACCGGUUUGUAAACCUGCUGCUGAGUCAGAUGUCGGUGGAGGAGCUCAGAGAGGAGGCCUGUGACUGCCUCUUUGAAAUCGUCAACAAAGGAAUGGACCCAGUGGAUAAAACCAAGCUGGUGGAGUCUCUGUGCCGAGUGCUGCAGUCGGCUGGGUUCUUUAAUGUGGAGCAGGAAGAGGACGUGGACUUCCUGGCCAAGUUCUCCCGGCUGGUGAACGGCAUGGGUCAGAGUCUGGUGCUCAGCUGGACAAAACUGGCCAAAACUGGCAACAUGAAGGACGCUGCUGAGUCGCUGCAGGCCAUCGAGACCAAGGUACCUCUGCUGCUGCAGCUGCUGGUGCACGAAGACGACGACAUCUCGGCCAACAUUGUCGGGUUCUGCUACGAAUACCUGCACGUCCUGAAGCAGCUUCCUCAACUGACCGAGCAGCAGCAGGGAAACAUAGAGGCCAUCAUGCUCGCUGUAAUGAAGAAACUGACCUAUGAUGACGAGUACAACUUUGACAAUGAGGGGGAGGACGAGGCCAUGUUCGUGGAAUACAGGAAGCAGUUAAAGAUGCUGCUGGAUCGUUUGGCUCAGGUGUCUCCUGAGCUGCUGCUGGAGGCUGUACGCAGGGUCUUCACCAACACAAUGCAGAACUGGCAGUCGGCUCAGUUCAUGGAGGUGGAGGUGGCCAUCCGGCUGCUGUACAUGCUGGGAGAAGCCCUGCCGGCGUCUCAUGGGGCUCAUUUCUCUGGAAAUGUGGCGAAGACGAGUGCCCUGCAGGACAUGAUGAGGACGCUGGUUUCCUGCGGCGUCAGCAGCUACCAGCACACCUCCGUGUCUCUGGAGUUCUUCGAAACGGUUGUUCGAUACGAUAAAUUCUUCAUCGUGGAGCCUCAACACAUUCCGAAUGUUUUGAUGGCGUUUCUGGAUCAAAGAGGACUGAGACACAACAGCCCGAAGGUCCGCAGCAGAGUGGCCUACCUCUUCUCUAGAUUCAUCAAGUCUCUGCAUAAACAUAUGAACGCCUUCAUUGAGGACAUCCUGACCAGGAUCCAGGACCUGCUGGAGCUCACGCCUCCUGAAAACGGUUUCCCGGCGCUUCUGACCAGCGACGACCAGCUGUUCAUGUUUGAGACGGCAGGCAUCCUCAUCGUGAAUGGAGAGUGUCCCGUCGAGAGGAAGCAGGCGCUAAUGAGGAGCCUGCUGGCGCCGCUGAUGGACGCCUUCCGUCUGCUGCUGGCUAAACUGCCUCAGGAGAGUGAGGAGGAAAGACAGACCGCCCUCGCAGACUGUCUGAGUCAUGCAGUUGGUUUCGCCAGUCGCACCAGCAAAGCGUUCAGCAACAAGCAGACGGUGAAGCAGUGCGGCUGCACCGAGGUCUACAGAGAGUGUCUGCAGACCUUCCUGCCUGCGCUGAGCUGCCCCGUCCAGCGGGGGGUGCUGCGCAGCUCGGUCCGCUCCUUCCUGCACCGCAUGAUCAUCUGCAUGGAGGAGGAGGUGCUGCCCUUCAUCCCCGCCGCCUCCGAACACAUGCUGAAGGACUGCGAGGCCAAAGACCUGCAGGAGUUCAUUCCGCUCAUCAGCCAGAUCACCGCCAAGUUCAAGAGGCAGGUGUCUCCCUUCCUGCAGCAAGUCUUCAUGCCGCUGGUGCUCGCCAUCUUUGAGGUGCUGGGGCGGCCGGCGGAGGACAACGACCAGGCGGCGGCUCUGGAGAAGCAGAUGCUGCGGAGGAGCUACUUCAGCUUCAUCCAGACCAUUGCAGGAAGUGGGAUGAACGAAGUGAUGGCCAAUCAGGGAGCAGAGAACAUCGAACGAGUCGUGUUCACCAUCAUCCAAGGGGCCGUGGAUUUUCCAGACCCCAUUGCUCAGAAAACCUGCUUCAUCAUCCUGUCAAAGCUGGUCGAGCUGUGGGGGGGUAAGGAUGGCAUGGUGGGCUUCCCAGACUUCAUCUAUAAACAUAUCGUCCCUGCAUGUUUCCUGGCUCCUCUUAAACCGACCUUUGACCUCUCGGAUGCACAAACAGUCCUGACGCUGUCAGAAUGUGUAGUUACUCUGAAAAUGAUUCAUCUCAAACGGGGGCCAGAGUUUAUCCAGUUCUUGCAGCAAGACUAUCUGCCCUCACUUCAGGUGUCACCCGAGAUCUCACAGGAGCUGUGUCAUGUGCUUCAGCAGCCGGACAUCAAAGUCCUGAAAACGUACAUUAAGGCUUUUUUCCAGCGGGCGAAGCUGUAGGAAUAAAACUGGACUGAAAAGAACCUACACAGUGUUUGCAUUCAAAGCUGGAGAACAAAACAGAAAAACUAACUUAGCAAAGGAGCUGCUACAGCAUAACCAGGCCUGGUCUAAGUGGAGGCGUUCCUCCUGCUGCCGGCGUGACGAGCUGUCCACGGACGGAACAUGUGAGCGCACUGUGGGAGCGUGAACACGGAUCUGUGGGAGAGGACACGACUUAUCCAGGAAACCUUUUGGUAAUUACCACAAACGCCUCUUGGUUUGUGAAACAAGAGCUUUAUUCUAGUUGGACCUUAACAUUAGAAACACAUUUCACACAAGCUAGAUUUGAGUUGUAGGUGCCACAGAAUGGACAGACAUGAAGGGCUCAACUGUAGUACUUUUUUUUUAUUGUGGCAUUUUCAUGUGUUGUUGUAAACAUGGUCGAUCUUUAAGUUUGAAGUGAAAGCGCUUAAAAUGCAGCCGAGCUCAGUGUGACUCUGCGUCUACACAAUUUUAUUUCCUUCAGUUAAAGCUUUCUUCCUUAUCUAGAAUUACGUCAGACUUUAUGAUACACCUGGAUGAUCAUCUAUAGAAUAUGUCUAUCCUGGAAAUAUGACCGAUGACUUUCAGAUGGAAAUGAACAUAAAAUGGAGGAACAAUGUGUAAAUAAGAGAAUAAAGUGAAAAUGUAAAUAAAGUUCCUAGGUGUAGUUUUGUUGUUUUAUCUUCAUUCCCAUCUGGAAACUAAAUAUGGAAGCCUAUUCCUGCCAAAGAAUGAGGAAAAGAAAAGAAACUCAUUAAAUGUGGAAAUGGAAAGCUCAGUUCUAUGUUGUGAUUAAGAAUUAUGGUAAAGUUUGAGACGGUUUUCAGCAGCAAAUGCAUCAUUUGGCUGCUGACAGUUUGAGUUUCUGCUUUUGUUGCGGAAAAAAAUGUUCUAUUAAGUAAUUUACCCAAUUAUAUAUAUUUAAAACUCUGUUUUAAGAUUUAGUAGUUUGGGCUUUUGAACCAUACAAAUCUCAAAUUUGUGCCUUAUUAAAUUUCAUUGAUUUAUUAUUAUAGUAAAUCGUGUGAUAAGUUACUUUUGAUUUAAUCUCAUUAUAGUAGAUCUGAAUGAACAGAUAAGUUUCAAUCUAGUUCUGUGUAUUUGACGUGAUGAUGAAUAUUUGAGGAUCUUAAAACCUUGACUUUGUGACGUCCGUAGUUUUUGGUGCUGGGCAGGAAAAGGCUUCUGUAGUAAAAGGCAUCGUGUUCAUAGGAAUUAUUUCAUUUGUUUACAGAAGCAGCUUAAUGACUUUUUUAUUAAAACAUUUUGUGACAAUUCAGGAUGAUUGAAGUUUGAUUAUGCAAUGCUUUACUGAGAGCAGCACUGUGAAGAACGAUCAGCUGACGACAGCUGGAAAUGACCUGCUGAUGACACCGUGCAUCUGCUGCACCUUCAGUCCUCUGUGCUUUGCUAUGUUACCCAGGCAAAGUGCCUGAAUGUUCCUUUUAGUGAAACGUACAGGCAAGAAAAUAAAACCAGUCAAAGAAAUUCAAAUCUAUAAAACCAUAAACACAAGAUGAGCCAACUGCUGCUGAUGUGGAUCUGAUGACAAAUACACAGUAAUAUUUAAA